UUCUAAACCCUUUUUAAUUUUUAUUGUAGCUGUUAAUGUUGACAGUCACCUAUAUACUCAAAGUAAUGCAUUGCAAAUAUUUAAUUCUGGCAUAUUUUUCCAGCUUUUAAUAAUGGGAUCGUCAAGACGAUCGCGCUCACCUUCGUCAGAGGAAGGGACACACCAUCACUCUUCACAUCGAACGAGCGAUGGCAGUAAUAGCAGACGACACAGACGCCACCACAGUAGUCGAUUGCAUUCACCCAAAGAUGGCCGAUCUAGUACUAAAUAUUCAACAAGUAGCCGAAAACUUGAUAGAGACCGCCGCCGUUCAAGAAGUCCUGUAGAAAGGCGUCAUAAAAACCCUCAAAGACACUCUCGUUCUCACUCCCGCUCUCGUUCCCAUAGGAAGAGAAGCGGGCGGCAUAGGAGUGUUUCCUCUGAAUCGGCAACUACUUCCUAUUCUUCCUCAUCUGAAUCAGACUCAAGUAGAGAGCGACACCGUAAACGGAGAAGAAAGGAGGAACGCAAGGAGGCUAAAGCGGGCAAAAAGCAUAAAAAGUCAAAGACAAAGUCAAAGAAGAAUAAACAUUCGAUUGGUGAUGACUGGGGCAAAUAUGUAUCUUCACAAAGGAGCCUGUAAGCUAAUUCUUCGAUCGAAUAAACUUGCAAAUACUUUAUUCAUCAUUGACCACACUUUUUAAUAUAAUAGGAAUUCCAAGCCUGGCUCAUUGAAGUAAAGAACGCAGAUGUAGAGACACUUAGUAAUAAUAAACGAAAGGAACUGUUCAACGAUUUCAUGGAAGAUUAUAAUACAGCUACGAUGCCUCAUGAAAAGUAAGUAAUUUGAUGUUCUCUACGAUAAUAAUAAUACAGUAAGAGCAAUAGUUAUGCUGAA